UCACACAAUGAAGACCCGCCUAUUCGCAUUCACCUUACUGCUACUUGGCUCAAGUACCAUCCUUGUGGAAGCAAUAUCCAGAGGAACAGAGAAAAUCAUUACCGAUGAUGGUUAUACGGUCGAAAAGCACCAAGUGGUAACAUCCGAUGGCUACGUACUGUCACUGUUUAGAAUUCCUGGCUACCGAACCACACCCGUGUUCCUACAGCAUGGUUUACUAUGCUCGUCGGCAGAUUGGGUGAUUUUGGGACCGGGGAGAUCCCUGGCCUACUUGCUAGCUGAUGCCGGCUAUGACGUUUGGCUAGGGAAUGCUCGUGGGAACACCAAUUCUCGGCAGCAUGUGACAAUGGAUCCGAAGAAGGCCAAGUUCUGGGACUUCAGUUGGCACGAAAUUGGUCUCCUCGAUCUGCCUGCCAUGAUCGAUUACGUUCUGGAGAAGACCGGUCAGCAGUCGCUCCACUACGCAGGACAUUCUCAAGGGACUACGUCGUUUUUCGUAAUGGCGUCGUUGAGACCGGAGUACAACGGGAAGAUUCGUUCGAUGCACGCACUGGCUCCGGUCGCCUUCAUGGGUCAUCUGCGAUCGCCUUUCAUACGAGCUUUUGCGCCCUUUGCCAAUCAGAUUGAGUGGACGAUGGGCAUGCUGGGAGUUACGGAGUUCCUGCCAAGUAAUAAAAUGAUGGCCCUAGGCGGUCAAAAGGCUUGUGAAGACUCAUCAGUGCUGCAGGAAGCCUGCGUCAAUGCACUCUUUCUCGUCUCUGGAUACGAUUCGGCUCAGACGAACCGGACGAUGCUUCCGGCCAUUCUGGAGAACACCCCAGCGGGUGCUUCGGUGAAACAGUUCAUUCACUUCGCCCAGGGAAUCAACAGUGGCCGAUUUCGACAGUACGAUCUCGGUAUCGUGCGCAAUUUGAUGGAGUAUGGAUCCGUCUCUCCACCGAGCUAUCCGCUGAACCGGAUAUCGGCACCGGUGUUCCUGCACUACGGAGAUAACGAUUGGCUAGCAUCGGUUACGGAUGUUGGGCUCCUGCAUCAACAGCUGGGGGACUCUGCUCAGUUGCUUCGGGUUCCGGAUAACCGGUGGAACCAUCUGGAUUUUACGUAUGGAAAUGAUGCGAAACAUUUACUGUACGAUCGAAUCAUAGAACUUAUGGGUCAACACGAAUGAAGGCACAUUUAUUGCGAUUAAUUAAUUAACACU